ACCUGAACGCGUCACUCCCCUGUGCAGCUGGGUACUUUGAGUAACGACAGAAAAAACAGUGCCAACAAUGAGAUAGCAGUAAUUUGACACGCAGGUCUGCAGGAUUAAACCGAUUACCAGGCGCUGACAGCGGGAUUUACUCUGAAAAUGGAUUAAAUCUGAAUAAAGUUUAGAUCACUGCUGUUUGAGCCUAAAGAGUCGUGAACAUCAUGACUGAAUCCACCUUUCAACUUCAACAAAACCAUUAAUAUAUCUUCUCGUACGCAUACGACGGCCCACCCUGAAUGGCAAAACUACCAGGAAAUGCAGGUGUGUCGGUGAUCGGGGACAAGUCACUGGAGUUUUACCGGGACCCGUUGGACUUCUGCCGGCAGAGGAUCGAGAAACACCGGAGCAGAGUGUUUCAAUGUCGGCUGCUGAACAGACCGACCGCCUUUAUCUGCUCCGUGCAGGGGAUGAGAGAGCUGCUGUGCGAGAAGUCCAAUUUGUUUCUGAAAGAUCCGACUGACUUGAUGACUAACAUGUAUGGGGAUACUGUUGUCACUACUAAUGGUGAGGAGGCCUGUCUUCUACGUCUGUCUCUCACCAGCCUGUUCACAGGAAGUUGUUUGAAAUCAUCAAAUGAUUACAUCACCAGUGUAUGCGAGCGCUGUCUGAAGGACCUCUCUCUCAGUGGCCAGCCAGAGUGUGCGUACUCCGCCUUUAAGCGUCUUGGAACAGAGUUGGUGUUGGGCCUGUUUCUCAAUGUACGAGCAGAGGAGCAGCCUGAACUUUACCAGGACAUUGUGCAGCUGUGCACCCAGCACUGGCAUGGUCUGAUCUCUGCUCCGGUGAAUGUGAAAGUUCCUCUGUGGUCAUCAGGUUUCUCCACAGCUCUGGACGCCAGAGAAAAACUGAUGGAAAUCAUCAAAGAUAAACUGGAGAAUGACAAACAGGGUUUUGUCGGGUCUCUUGGCUCUUUGCCGCUUCCAAACUCCAACUCUGCCUCUCAACAUCUCCUGCUGUUCAUCUCAGCUCUGAUCCCCAAAGCUCUUGCGUCGUUGCUCACCUCCUUCACGCUGGCACUCGGUGGAAACAAACAGGAGAAGACCCGUCAGCGAGCAAUGGAAGACCCUGAUUACCUGCGUGGAGUAUUACUGGAGGUUCAGAGACUUUGGCCACCUUUCAUUGGUGGACGGAGAAUAGCUGAUCAGGACUCCACCCUCGCAGGGUUUCAUGUACCAAAGGGUUAUGGUGCAGUCUAUAUCAGCCAUGCUAUCCACCGAGAUCCAGAGGUGUUUCAUCAGCCAGACGACUUCCUGCCGGAGAGAUGGAGCGGAAGGAAUGCAGGCCAGGAGCACUUCCUGUGUUCCUUUGGCAGUGGACCCCGAAACUGCAUUGGAGUUAAACUUACCGAUGUCUUCCUUAAGGAAGCGUGUAUGUACCUGUUAAAGCACUACAACUGGUGUUUGGACCCUCCAGUGCAGGAUCUUGAUUACAAAUGGCUGCCUGUGUCUCGCCCCGCCAAAACCCCUAUCAUCUCCUUCACCCGACUGGAUCAGACCAGAUCUCACAGGAGCAACGUCGGAUAGAGAUGCACAGUAUGUUUUAGUGAUGUACCUGCUGAUAAGUUUUAGAGGGGCGCAAUAAGCACUUAAAACUGUAGUGAGAGGCCAAACUAUGGCAGUCAGGAGUGUGUAGAAAAAGCUGGAAAAUAUGUGAACGCGCACACACACACACAGGGAAGCCGGCAAAUGAUGGUUUUCCCCCGCUGCGUAUAAUACAGUAAUUGUCCUGGGGGAAAGCCGAGGAGUGCGCUGGCUUCACUCUGUGUGUUCCUCUGCCAGAUAUUCUGCAGCUUUCCGUGAUGAAUCUACAACCCGAGAUAAAAGAAAUGAAUCAUUCUUUCAUUGUUGAAAAUGACACUGCCACACAACUUUUUUUGGUCUGUCCUCUAUUUUAAUAAUGAUUCACGAAAGGAACUCCUUUAAGGUCAAACAAUAUACGCCUUCCAUUUUUUCAGAUUUUAUAGCGGUGCUUGUUGUCCAGGUGGUACAAACUGCAUUUAUUUCCUACAUUGCAGUAUCAGUAACACCAAACAAAUAUAAGGGAACACACACAAACGUGCACACAGCCCUCAGAUUCCAUCACUGACUGCAAACUUGUCUCCCCUCCCCCGUCCACCACCUAGCAACCACCUCUGCUUAGCAACAGUUCAUCAUACCGACACUGACUUGCUUCCUUUUAGUAUUCAAGUCUCACACACACACAAGCACACACACACCUACACACACACACCUACACACUUAUUUUUUGAAAGCAGUUGGCAGUGAUACCCAGGCUAUCUGAAUCACAUGUAAAUGCUAGGAGGUGUUUCAGGGCGCACAGCUUCUUUUUAAAUAACCGUAGUAACCUGAACGAUUUUCAGUAGAUGAAUCAUAAAGUAGACUUAUUCUGUGUCUGUUGCACUGAUAAAAAUAGCUGUGAUUUAUUUAUUUUAUUAACAUAUACUUGUCUUUUUUAACGUUUUCUCAUGGUUUGAUGUGUGCAAGUAAUUCCUGUAAUGUUAUUGUUGUUUUGUGUGUCUGUGUGUUAUAUCUAAAGGAAAUGAAAUACAUUUUUUUUUUCA